AUGCCCGGUUAUGAUUGCGAGCUUUACUUAAGCUACAACAUGUUCGCCUUCCCACAACCCGCCAUCCCCCAGCCACUUCCACGUCCUUUCGGUCAAUUCGGCACGACACUUGCAUACUCUAUGUCGGAUCAAGAUACCCCCUUAUCGGCAGAAAAUAGUGGUCAUUCAGGUACAAAUCAGCUUGACUCAACACCAUUCACAUUCUCCCUAUCAUCUCCGCCGCACUCGGGCUCCACGCGGCCAAUAUCCAGUUCGCGUUUUGCACAACGAUAUGCGUCAUCUAUAGCCCGGCCUGCUGCACGCGUAGCAGAGCGGCAAUCUAGAGAAUCCCGACGGGAUAGCUUCCUGAACAAAGUUAAACGCAGUCGUCAGUCGGAUCAGUUCGAGGUUCGGAGUGACCAGAUUCAGAGAAGUGAUUUCUUGGAGCAGAGGAAGCGGUUUGAAGAGGAGAUGGCGAGGUCAGGACCUCAACUCGAUAAUAUAGAAGAGGACGAAGGUGAUGACUAUGUAGACCUUUACCCACAAGAGGAAGAUAAAGGUGAGAGGAUGGUGUUAAUUUUUUAUGACUCUCAUCCGACACAAGGUUAA